AUGCCAGACAGUUUUAAACGAAGGUACCCAAAUUGUCGUGUUAUUAUUGACUGCACCGAGAUCUACACAGAAACUCCUCAGUCACUCUCCAACAAAGGAAGGAUGUAUUCAGACUACAAGUCACACAUGACUUGGAAAGUGCUCAUUGGAAAUAGCCCUAGUGGAGUGAUUACACAUGUCUCCGAUUUAUGGACUGGAAGUACAUCUGACAAACAAAUCACAAAGUUGUCAAAAUUAAUUGAAAAAUGUGAACCUGGGGAUGCAAUAAUGGGUGACAAAGGCUUCCUCAUUGCUGACCUAUGCACUCCAAAUGGAAUUCAUCUCAUUAUCCCCCCUCUAAAGAAACAUGGAAGGCUAACAAAAUGUGAAGUGGAAAAAACCAGACGGAUUGCAAAUUUAAGAAUCCAUGUGGAACGAGCAAUGGAGCGAAUAAAAAACUUCAGAAUUAUUCAAGGUGUAGUUCCAAUAUCACUUCAUGACAAAGUGUCCAAAAUAGUGUUUGUUGUGUGUGCUCUCUGUAAUCUCAUGCCCCCACUUAUUCAGUCAUAG